CACGGCGCGGUUUAAACAAAAUAACUUUUGUUUUGCUUGUUGCAAACAAGAGUGUGCUUGUUGAAUUCACUCCCAGAUGACUUCCGGGGCACGACAGUAGCAAGCAAGGCGGCAAGACCGUCAACAAACACAUUUUUAUGCCGAACUGCUAUAUGCUAUCCAUCACCCCGUACUGGUUUACACGCAUUUGUUUGCCAGUUUCCAGCCGACGUCUCUGUCCGCCGGCGACACUCUGCCAGCCGGGAUGACACCAGCGAGACACCGGGCCUGCAACCGCACCCUGGCCGCCGCCUACCACCGGCUGGCGCCGCGCGAGGAGGGCCCUGACGCCGACAGGUUCAGGAGGCGCGCCUGGGCGCUGCUGGCUGCUGCCGUCAGCGCGUGCAACACGCUGGGCGUGCCCCACUGGCUGGGCAGUGGCACCCUGCUCGGCUACAUUCGGCAAUGCGACCUAGUGUCAGCCAUGGAUGACGUUGAUAUAGAAGUGGCCGUGGAACCAUUCGUAAAUGAUAACGUCACCGUGACGCAACUGGUGGAAACUUUAAACUCUGCCGGACUUGUGCUCGCGUCAAAAUUCGGCCGGCUCAACGACAGCCUAGAAAUGGCGUUCGAGGACGAGAAUGGGAUGAGAAUCGACGUUUUCUUUUCGUAUCCCGACAGAGAAAGCAGAUACAUCGCCGGUGUGGACACGAUCACGCGGAAAAAGUACAGGUGGGUGUACCCGGAAAUCACGCUCUGCUGGGGCACCCUGCACGGCCUGGUGGUGGGAGUGCCCUGCGACUCGGAACGCUACCUAGAGACUAACUACGGGACCAACUGGACACAGCCGCUGCCGCCCGGAAAAACGUUUGAUUAUCGCAGGGACAACGCAAACAUGGUCGAUGCCGGCUGGUGGGGGAAGGAGGAGGAAAGUGAGGUCAUACAGCUAUUCAACAGAUAGAAGUGGAGUCAUUCAACUAUUCAGCGCAUAGACUGAGGUUACGUAGCUGUUUAAGAAAAAUAAGUUUGGUUAUAAAAAUAAGUUUGGUUAUAGAAGUUUGAUUAUAUAAUAAGUUUGGUUACAUUAUUCUAAGUUUCGUUAAGUUUGGUUUGGUUAUAAGUUUGGUUAAAAUAAGUUUGUUUGGCUAUAUUUAUUAUUUUCAUAUUUGGUUAAAAAUAAGGUUGGUAUAUAUUACAUAGUUAAUAAGUUCUGCUUGAAAGAGAAAUGUGAGGUUCUUCGGAGUUCAAUCAUUGUAUUCAAGAACAUGAAAAACUGACUCCUAAGUCAAUUGUAUCAAAAUUGGUAUACUAUUGUUCGCAAAUUGUUGUUAUAUGUAUGCAUACUAUAUAGGUACGACCAAUCCUAAAUGUACUUUUCUACAGGGCUUUCCUUAUUAUGACGGUCAGUUUUCAGAUGUAUCUUAUCAAUAACAUCUUAUCAAAAACAAUUUCCGCUUAUAGCACUGCACAUUUGCUGGCAUAUUAUUUCAUGUUAUCUAAUGCGGUACCGGUAUUUUGGCUUUGCUUACAUUAUUGUUAAUUUAUAUUGAUAUUAUUAUUGACAAUAAAUGUAUAAAUCAUACAGUGCUCAUAGUUUACGCUUUGCGGUGUUCGAUAAAUAAUACAAUCAUGUGAUGCGUGGGACUGGUGGAUAAGAUACUAAUGAAUUUCAAUAAAAGUUCAGUUUAUGUUUACAGCA